UGAUGCAGCACAGAUUGGCAAGAGCUGCAUUAUGCUUCACUCAAAUGAAGCAAAUGCAUUUGUAUGCGUGUGUAAUGCACAUACACACAAUAUAGGUUAGAUACUGUUUUGCUCUUGGCUCAUUUUAUGCUAUUGGAAAUGCUUCUGCUGGUUUCAAUAUCACAGCUACUGCUGCUGCUGCUGCUGCCUUCCAGAGCUCAGUCUCACCAUAGCUCUAGCUUCGGAUUGGUCUCUCUCUUAAAGUGCUGGCCAAGGGUUGGUUGCAGGGACUGCUGAAUAACAGGUGCAUUUUGCUGCUCCGUCGCCUUUCAAAGAAGCAGCCAAGGAACGCUGGUGCAUCUGUUCUGUGAUAGAAGCAAAGGAGAUAGAAGGCAGCCACUGUGUGCAGGAAUGUUACUAAUCGAGUAGACAGGAGGGACACCCGGAUGCUUGGGAAAAAGAAGAAAAAAAAGAAGCCUGGUAUAUGUGAUUGUAUCGUAAAGAGGAGAGAAAGACAGGAAAGUGAAGACAUAUGAGGAUUAAUACAAUGUUAAAGGAGGGAUGGAUAGAGCCUUUUAGCUGAUUCAGCAGCUGCUCCUGUUAUUUGCACUGCACUUGAAUCACUGAUCCAAAUGGAGAAUGAUAUCUGUUAAUUUUUCGUGGCACUGAAUGCUGUAUGUUUUUUUUUUCUCUUUCCUUAUUGUGGGAGCUGACUUCAGUGCCGAUGAUCCUGCUUCUCAACACUGAUGUAUUUUGGGGGGUAAACGGAAUAAAGGAUGAGUGAAGGGGCUGCCUCGACAUCCCCACCUGUACGUCCGGCUGCUGCUGAGGAGGUGGCAGGUGGAAACACCACUGAGGAAGAGGAUGGGGUACCUAACCCUCGGGAGGUGCAGUGUAGUGACUGCAUUGUCUGGAACAGACAGCAAACAUGGCUAUGUGUAGUGCCUCUCUUAAUUGGAUUCAUUGGUUUGGGUCUAAGUCUUAUGCUUUUAAAGUGGAUUGUAGUGGGAUCUGUAAAGGAUUAUGUCCCAACCGAUUUAAUGGAUUCCAAGGGUAUCGGCCAGGACCCUAUUUUCCUUUCGAAACCCAGCUCUUUUCCCAAAAAUAUGGAGACUACAACUACAACAACUACUACAAGGACCCCAAAUCAAAUUAGUACUCGGUUGACUACAACAACUCGGGCACCAACUCGACUCCCAGGAAGCAGAAUACCUAUUCGGGCAAGCCCUAGAACCACAACAGUGCGCCAUACUGUCGCCCCUCCUACAGUUAUAUCUACCACUGUCCCCCCUAGCACGACCACUUUUGUUUCACGCCCACUUCCAGGGACCCCCACCACCCAGCCAAUGCCCAUCUGGCCCACUGCGGAAUAUUCUACCUCUUCCUACAAAAUUUAUCUUCAUGAUUCCACACAGUCCUGGACACAAUCUCGUUUUCAGGAGUCUACCACCACCCCGGAAACUACCACUCUGCCCAAAUUCCGUACAACCACAUACUUCACUGAACGAUCUGAGCACUUUAAACCCUGCAAAGAUAAGGAUCUUGCAUAUUGCUUGAAUGAUGGGGAAUGCUUUGUGAUUGAAACCUUGACAGCAUCGCAUAAACACUGUCGGUGCAAAGAGGGCUAUCAAGGUGUGCGUUGUGACCAGUUUUUGCCGAAAACAGAUUCAGUUCUUUCUGAUCCAAAGAGUGAGGAGGUAUAUCAACAACAAAUACUAUCAAUUUCCUGCAUCGUCUUCGGAUUAGUUGUAGUUGGUGUGAUUUGUGCAGCAUUCUACUGCAAGACAAAAAGACAAACAAAAAAGAUUCAAGAACAAUUAAAAGAGUCACAGAAUGGGAAAAAUUACUGCCUCCAUGCUUCCAGUUUGUUAGCAAAGGCAAAGUCCCUUGGAGAAAAUAGAGUUCAAAUGCAUAAUUAUUCAAAUUCACAAAGAGAUCCUGAGCCAGUAAGAGAAAAGGUUAUGGAGUCCAGCUUUUCAGAAACUCGCCCUUUCUCAGAUUCCCCUCCAUUAGACAGAGGAAAUCUGUCAAUAAAGCAUCAUAGAAACCUUUCAUCAUGUUGCAGUCCUAGUCAGAGGAGUAAAAUGUUACACAGAAAUGCAUUUCGGAGAACUCCCCCCCUGCCCCGAGGCCGCCUCAAUGGAAUUACAGGGCCAGCAUAUCAGCAACUUGAAGAGCCUGGCCUGAUAGAUCAGGACACAAUGACUUGCCAAGGGUGUUCAUCCAGUGAUUUAAUUCAUCCACAGCAUAACUCAAUAAAUAUGCAACCACAUUCAAGAGAAACACAAUCUUAUUUUAAUGACCUGGAGCGAAAGGACACGAUUGGUUAUUCAACGUCUAGGGCCAACUCCAUUCCCAUUAUACCCUCAAUGGGUCUAGAUGAUGCCUGCAUGCAAACACAGAAUCUUUCAGAAACAGUAGGCAUCAAAAGGUGUAAAAACUCAUUUUCCAAUGAACUUGUCAAGGUGAAUGUUCCACCUAACAGCUGUCUAAUACCAGAACAACAAGAAGUGAAAAUUUUGCUUGAAACUGUACAAGAACAGAUACGAAUUCUAACUGAUGCAAGAAGAAGGUCUGAGGACUUAGAAAUGGCAGUUACAGAAACUGAGGACACUGCAAGUGAAAAUACAGCGUUCCUGCCCUUGAGCCCAAAAUCAAAAACUGAUCAGGAGCCCAAAUUUGUCUUAAGAAAUGAAAUGCAAAGGGACUCAGCACUUCAUGUCUGAUUUUGGAAAUUAACUUUUCUGUCUGAUGUCUAGCAAAAGAGAAAUCAAGGAGAUAAAGUAAACAAAAAUUAUUUAUAUGCAUUAAUUUAUGAGCAUCUACAUAGAAGAAACCAAAUAGUCUAUCGCCCUCAUAUCAUAGUGUUUUCUAAACAAAAUAUUUUUUUAAGGGCAAGAAAAGGUUUGAGGAGGAUAUAGCAUUCACUCAGUGCAUUGAGGGAUUUAAAUAUAUUUCUUAUGGUUCUUCAGCUCCUUUCAUUGCCGUGGGAUAUUUGAACACAUUGAUGUCAAAUGCUUCAAAUGUACCUCCAGCUGCAAAGUGGUUUAAAGAUCCAGGAGUAUGUGAUCUUUCUGACAAAAGGGCCAAAAUGCAUUAUCAUUUGGAAAUCAUAACUGUAUUUUGUUAUAUAAUUUUGCUGACAAUGAAAGCAACACCACAACUAUCCCAAUGAAACAAUUAUAAUUACAAUCUGU